AGUCCUUCAGCAAUGGCUUCACUCUCUGGCAUCUCCUCUAGAACUCCUCUAGCUUUGUUCUUCUUCUUCUUCUUCUUCUUCUUCUUCUUAUGCUGCUGCGUUCCUGCGACAACCUCAGCGCAGCUUUCAUCGUCUUUCUACAACACCUCAUGCCCGAACGCUUUGCCGAUCAUCCAAAGCGCUGUUAAGGCCGCAGUGGCCAAGGAACGCCGCAUGGGGGCGUCGCUGCUGCGGCUCCACUUCCAUGACUGCUUCGUUCAAGGGUGUGAUGGGUCGGUGUUGCUGGAUGACACCUCCGGCUUCACGGGUGAGAAGACUGCCGGUGCCAACAACAACUCUUUGCGCGGAUUCGACGUCGUCGACGCCAUCAAAUCCAAGCUCGAAAGCGCCUGCAAGCAAGUCGUCUCCUGCGCUGACAUCCUCGCGGUGGUGGCUCGCGAUUCCGUCGUCGCGUUAGGUGGCCCUUCGUGGACGGUGCAGCUGGGGAGGAGAGACUCGACGACUGCAAGCUUCAGCUCGGCCAACAGCGAUAUCCCGAGGCCUGACUUCAACCUCACCGACCUCAUCUCGGCCUUCUCCGACAAGGGCCUCACCACCACAGACAUGGUCGCUCUCUCAGGUGCCCACACCAUAGGCCAGGCCCGGUGCACCAGCUUCCGCGCUCGGAUCUACAACGACACCAACAUCGACUCGUCGCUGGCGGCGUCGCUGCAGUCGAGCUGCCCCAGCUCCGGCGACGACGACAACCUCGCGCCGCUCGACGCCUCGACCUCCACCGCAUUCGACAGCUGCUACUACAGGAACCUGUUGAGCAACAAGGGACUCCUGCACUCGGACCAGCAGUUGCACGGCGGAGGCUCCACCGACUCGCAAGUGAGCUCCUACGCCGCGAACUCGGCCAAGUUCUUCGGCGAUUUUGCCAGUGCAAUGGUGAAGAUGGGCAGCAUCAGUCCUCUCACCGGUAGCAGCGGUGAGAUCAGGACUGACUGCAGGAAGACCAACUAAGGAAGAAGAUGCAGUGAAGUUAAUGUCCCUUCUGCUUCUUGCGCCUUUCUCUUCUCUUGCAGCCGUAUCAGCCAUUGGGCUUUAAGGGAAUAAAGCAAGAAAACUAUGCUUGCAGCAAUCUACAAUCUCAAAUAACAUCUGGUGAUUACCAUAUAACAGUUGAUUUAGUGUCCCUCAUUUCAA